AUGACAACAAGACUCUGCGGGAGGAGAGCAGGGCCACACCAGCCGCCCAUUUGUACAUCCGCGACCACUCCCCCGCCAUGCACGCCCUCCCCCGCUGCGUCAUCCUCCUCAUCCCCAUCAUCCUCCUCGUCCUCCUCCACCACACCCACGCUGCCUAAGUCGGUGUCCUCGCAGCCUCCCUCGCCCAUAGACAACUCCCCGACCGAGAACAUUUACGAGAACCUUCCCCCACGCAAGGUUAAAAGUGACACUGCAAAUAGUGACGGCGGAGGCGAGGGCGGGCACGGGCGGGUCCUGGAGCGUGGAGAGCGUGAGCGGAGGUCCUCGAGGAAGCUCACGAAAGACUCUGGAUAUGAAACCUCGCCGUACAGUGAGAGUGACUACGCUAACAUUGACUUGUAUUCCGAGGUGGAUGCGUCGGGCGAGGUGGAUGGCGACGGGGAUGACGUGACUCUAGCGCCGGAGUCUGAGUUAGCAUCACCACCCUCGCCCUCCGCCUCCCGCCACCCUGACUCCGCCGCAGCCCCAUUGCCGCCUCGGCCCCCGACACACCCCGGCAGAAUGAGUCACGACAGCCUUGAGCGGCGGUGCUCGUGGCAGGAACAAAGCAUCCAAGACGCACCCGGGGAUGCCAACAUCUCCCCGACCGAGGGCAGGAGCGCCACGCCCUCGCCGCGGCUAGAGAGGGCGGCGGCUCAAGGGGCGGCGCUCGAGACGAACAGCAGCUUCGUCAGGAACCUGUGUGGGCGGUCCUCGCGCCGCUCACCGCUGCCCAGGUACUCCUCGGCCGAGUCCCUCUCGUCCUUCGCCGAGUCCCUAGUCAGCCCGGGGAGCACCGCCAGCGGCGUAGCCUCGUCCUCGCUGGUGCCGGCCAAGAGCACGCCCUCCCUUCACCAGGAUGCCUCUCACGGACCCGCCCCCGCCAGGAACCCCGCGGUGAAUGUGGCGCUCCACGUCUCCAGGUCAACACCCAACUUAGACGACCCAGAUGAUGGCGGCAGCACCAGCAGCAGCAUGGUGACCAAGUCGUCCAUGUAUUCUUACCUGCACGGGGCCUCCACCUCCACCUCCAGCAAGGGCGGGUCAGGGGCGGCCAGCGGCAGGUACUGGGAUCCGACCAUGGGCUCAGACGACACGCCAGACAGAGAGGAUUACGCCCACCACCUGCGUUCCUCCUCCUACCAGAUGCUCCACUCGCGCCAGCUGUCCGCCCUCAGCACAGGGUCCGCUGGCUCGUACCACAGCCGGCAGCACUCCAACGCCUCCAACUACAGCGAGCCCGACGACCUGAGUCCCCGCGGGGACCUCCACCACCACUCCGCCGCCCACAGCCACCACCACCACCACCACGGGAUGGACCGGGCGAGAUUCUUCUCGUAUGACAACCUCGGGCCGGACGGCUCCUCCUCCACCUCCAGCCAGAAAUACCACGUGUCGUGGAACGUCUCCGAGCCAGACCUCACGCUCGCCCCGCCCCCCUAUUCCCCCCCGGGGCCGGGCUUCCAGCAGGUGGUGGGACCCCCAGUGUCUCCGAAGGUGACUUCACCAGCUCCCACCACCUCCACUUCAUCCCCCACCUCCACGUCAAACACAACCCGUCACCCAGCCUCUCCCCCGCCUCCCCCGGUCCGUGAUGCCUCUAGUCUGAAAUACAUCAAGUACGGCCCAGGCCACGAGAAGUACCCGUCCUGGCCCGUCCCCGCCGCCAACCAGGUGCUGACUCUUGCCCCCGCGGCGCAUGACGCCAAUGUCUCUGGCCUGCCUGACUCUCCGCCCCAGUCCUCGGGGCCCCAGGGGUCGCACCGCUCCAAGUCGUGGACGGAGCAGUCGGAAUACCCCAAGGAGAAGGCUGCAGGCUAUGCACGGCCCUACAGCAACAAGAAGCCGGCCAACCGGCAGCUCAAGACUGUGAUAGAGAGGGCGGAGAAGAUCCCCAAAGAGAUGUUCCACAACAGCGGCCUCCGGGACGACGUGUUCGCUCCGUCCUCCAACUACUCCUUCAUGGACGCCUACUACAAGCCAUCCUCGUCCCCCUACUACCCGCUCUACGACAGGGAGGGACGGGCGUUGGACGACAAGGACUACAGCAUCCCCUCCCCCCGGAGCGUGACCUGGGUAUGGGCGAAGCCUCCCUGGGGCAGGUGACAGCGGCCCAGCUGGAGGAGUACGUGCGUCGCUAUGAAGAGUUUGGGUACACUGAUCUCAUAGGAACGACGCCGCUCCUGGACCAGCUGCGCCGGGAGUCUGUGAUGUGGGACGGAGGUUCAGAACGUGACUCUGGCCGAGGAGAGA